GCGCUGCUGCUGUGCAACAUGGACCGCAUCUGCUUGUCGGUGGCAAUCAUGCCCAUGUCGGGGGAGUUUGGCUGGCCGGCCAGCCUGCAGGGUGUCAUUCAAUCCGCCUUCUUGUGGGGCUACAUGGCAACCCAGCUGGUUGGGGGGGCUCUGGCGGACCGGUACGGCGGCAAGUGGGUGAUGGCGGGCGGCAUCGCCUGGUUCUCGGUGGCUUCGGUGCUGCUGCCGCUGGCGCUGUCGCCCGCGACGGUGGAGGCGGGGUUGACGGUGCCACUGGUGCUGCUGUCCAGAUUCCUGACGGGUUUCGGUGAGGGGGUGGCACUGCCUUCCAUGAGCAACCUGGUGGCCGCCCACGUGGCCGCGGCGUCCAAGGCCCGAGCUCUGGGCUUCUGCUUCUCAGGCUUCCAUAGCGGCAACUUGGCGGGGCUCAUCCUGUCACCGCUACUGCUCGUGAGCUUCGGCUGGAGGGGGCUCUUCUACGUGUUCGGGCUCCUGGGACUGCCGCUGCUGCUGUUCUGGCUGAAGGUGGUGCCAGGCGGACCACCGGCGGCAGCGCACUCAGCUACACGCGCCGCCGCCGCUGGAGCUGCAUCCGCGCCACCUUCGGCCAUGUCGGGUGGCGGUGACGUCAGCACCCGCCGGCUGUUGUCGAGCAGCGCAACCUGGGCAAUUAUAACAGUCAACGUGGUCAACCAUUUUGGCUACUUCAUUUACCUGAACUGGAUGCCCACAUACUUCAACAAGGUACUGGGAUUCGACAUCCGAUCCAGCAGCUUCACCGCCUUUCUGCCCUGGCUGGUCAUGGCCCUGGGCAGCUCCGCGGCUGGGCUGCUCGCGGAUACGCUCGUUGCGCGCGGCGUGGCGGUGAGCCGGGUGCGCAAGACCCUCCAGACGGUGGCCUUCCUGGUGCCUGCGGUGGCGCUGCUGGUGCUGGCGCAGCCGGGCCUUUCACCGGCGGCAGCAGUGGGCUGCAUGACGGUGGCUUUGGGGACCACUUCCCUGGGGCAGGCGGGUUUCGUAGCCAACAUGUCGGAUGUGGCGCCGCGCGCAGCGGGGAAGAUGUUCGGGCUGUGUAACACGUUCGGUUGCCUAUCCGGCAUUGUGGGCGUAACGGCGGUGGGAUUUAUAGUGGACGCGACGCGGUCGUUUGCGCCCGUGUUUAGUUUGACCGCGGCGUUGUACGUUGUCGGAACCAUUGUGUGGAACUUGUACUGCACCACCGAGCCGCUGUUUUAG